AGCGGCCCUCAUCUAUUCUCUCUCCCUUGUUUGUCUUUGGUGGAGGCGAGCUGAGCGACCGGACACGGUGCAACAUUAAUGGCCCAUCUCUGUAUCCGUCAAACAGAGAGGCCUCGACGGAUAAGAUUGGUUGGAUAUAAGGACCGUCUGACAACUAAAACACAGCGCGGUUCGGGCUUUAUUGAGCCUGCGCUAACAGAAAAAGAGGAGGUUCCCGAAUAGAGUCCUUUAUUUAUUUCUUUGUUUCCAGUGUGGGGGGGAUAAUAACAGCGACAUACACCACAGGCACUUCAUUUAUUAUCUUUGUCCGUAUACACAAGAAAACUGGAUAAGAUUACAGUGGUUACUCGAAGGCCCAAGCCAAGAGGAGGAGGAUGAAGCGGCGCAAUGCGGACUGCAGCAAACUCCGACGGCCGUUAAAACGGAACCGAAUCACCGAGGGUAUAUACGGCAGUACCUUCCUGUACCUGAAGUUCUUGGUGGUGUGGGCACUGGUGCUACUGGCAGACUUUGUACUGGAGUUCAGGUUUGAGUACCUCUGGCCAUUCUGGCUCUUCAUCCGGAGUGUGUACGACUCCUUUAGAUACCAGGGGCUGGCCUUCUCAGUAUUCUUUGUGUGUGUGGCGUUUACCUCGGACAUCAUUUGCCUCCUCUUCAUCCCAGUACAAUGGCUGUUCUUUGCUGCCAGUACCUAUGUAUGGGUCCAGUAUGUCUGGCACACAGAGAGAGGCGUCUGUCUGCCCACCGUGUCUCUAUGGAUACUCUUUGUGUACAUAGAGGCAGCCAUCAGAUUCAAAGACCUGAAGAACUUCCACGUGGACUUGUGUCGUCCUUUUGCUGCACACUGCAUUGGCUACCCAGUGGUCACGCUGGGCUUUGGCUUUAAGAGCUACGUAAGCUACAAGAUGCGCCUCCGGAAGCAGAAGGAGGUGCAGAAGGAGAAUGAGUUUUACAUGCAGCUCCUGCAGCAGGCUCUGCCUCCAGAGCAACAGAUGCUUCAGAGGCAAGAGCGAGAAGCAGAGGAAGCAGCAGCAGCAGCUAAAGGAAUAUCUGAAGUGGACACACCCCCAGUGUCACAGAAUGGCGCGCCCGCCAAUAAAAAGACAUCGGCACCACUGCCGGAGCUAGAGUAUAGAGAAAAAGGGAAAGAGGGAAAGGGUGGCGGGGAGGCUAAAAAGCAGCACAACAGCAACAGCAUCCUGCCGUCAUCAGUGGACUCUAAACUCCAGGAGAUGGAGUAUAUGGAGAACCAUAUGAACAACAAGAGACUGACCACAGAGCUGGGCAGCACAGAGAACCUGUUGCUUAAAGAGGACAACAAUUCCUCCUGCUCCUCCUCUUCCUCCUCCUCCUCCAAAAACUACAAAAAUGCUAGCAGCAAUGCCGCAACACUCAACUCCUCGCCCCGCGGCCAUAGUGCUACCAACGGCAGUGUGCCCUCCUCUAACUCAUCCUCCUCUUCCACGGCGAAGAACGAGAAGAAGCACAAGUUAGCAGUGAAGGGGACAUCGGGUGGCUCCCACAGGGAUCCCACAGACAACUGUAUCCCCAACAACCAGCUGAGCAAGCCAGAAGCACUUGUUAGAUUGGAGCAGGACGUUAAGAAGUUAAAGGCGGACCUGCAGGCUAGCCGGCAGGUGGAGCAGGACCUGCGCAGCCAGAUUGGCUCGCUGGGCAGCGCUGAGCGCUCUGUACGCACUGAGCUGGGCCAACUGCGCCAGGAGAACGAGCUGCUGCAGAACAAGCUCCAUAAUGCUGUGCAGGCAAAGCAAAAGGACAAACAGGCAGUGGGCCAACUGGAGAAGAGGCUCAAAGCAGAGCAGGAGGCUCGUGCCAACGCCGAGAAACAGCUUGCAGAUGAAAAGAAGCGCAAGAAGCUAGAGGAGGCCACAGCAGCCAGAGCAGUAGCACUAGCAGCAGCAUCCAGAGGGGAGUGCACAGACACGCUGCGGCGGCGGAUAACUGAAUUAGAAACAGAGUGUAAGAAACUAACAAUGGACAACAAGCUCAAGGAGGACCAGAUCCGAGAGCUUGACUUGAAAGUUCAGGAGCUUCAUAAAUACAAGGAGAAUGAAAAAGACACAGAGGUGCUGAUGUCAGCGCUGUCAGCCAUGCAAGACAAGACCCAGCACCUGGAGAACAGCCUGAGCGCAGAGACCAGGAUCAAACUGGACCUCUUCUCUGCGCUGGGAGACGCCAAAAGACAGCUGGAGAUUGCACAAGGUCAGAUCCUGCAGAAGGAACAGGAGAUAAAAGAUCUGAAGCAGAAGAUAGCUGAAGUGAUGGCCGUCAUGCCAAGCAUCUCCUACACAGCCGACACCAGCAGCAUGACCCCCGUGGCCCCCCACUACUCCUCCAAGUUCAUGGACACCAAUCCCUCCGGCCUAGACCCCAACGCCUCCGUUUACCAGCCACUCAAAAAGUGAACGCUUCGUCCCGUCCCUCCAUCCAUCCUCCCAUCAUUUUUAUUUCCCCUGCAGGCUCACCACCUUCCAAUCUGCUCGGCAUGUCUGCGGCUGAGAACGUUGUUUUUUUUCUUGGGUUUUUUUUUUGUUUUCUCCUCGCCAGGUCAGAAGGAUGUUGUAUUGUGUGACUGUAUUUGUUGUAGUUAAAACAAAAGACAAAAAAAAAAAACUUAAACGGACAUCACAUGUCAACUAGGAAGUCCCGGUUGUUUUUGGGUUUUUUUUUUUUCUUCUCAUAAGUGUCUAGUGAAACCUCACAGAUUCGGGUAUGUAUCUUCAUCUCAAGGGUGUUGCUCUCCCUUUCCCACCACCACUGCAACUACCUGCAACCAGUUACCUGCUCUUUUGGUCCUGGGGAAUAACUGCUUUAUUAUUUAAGUUGAUUUUUUCCCUCCUAAAAUUGGAAAACAGUUCUCCUUUAUCUGUCAUACAGCCCGACUCGGAUCCCAAUUUAUUUGACAGAUUGUUUUUCUCCCAAGGUAGUAUGGCAACAUCUGUAAAACCAGAGGAAUGUAGUGCAAAGUUAGCACAGCCUCUCGCCCUUGUUGUAUUUAAUUUAUUCUUUUAAUCUACAAUCAGACACCAAAUUAACCCUGCUCUCAGCUGCUUUGGGGUUUGGUGGCAAAUUGUUCUUUUUAAAAAAUGUAUCAUGUGGUUCUAUUUGUUUGCUCUUGAAGAGUCAAGUGUUGAUUACAACAAGUUGGAAAAGAUCUUUUGAUGUUAGCAGAAGCAGACCUUGAAAAUCUGUAAAGCAUGAAUGAAACCCAGGCAGCACCAGUGAAAACAGCAGUUUGGUAACCCCCCCUCCUCCCCCCCUCCUGCUUUGAAGAAAGAGUGCAGAAAAAGAAGCCUGUGUUAAAAGUGUACAGUUCGUCUUCUUCUGCAGUCUUUCAUCAGUUGUCAUGAUCACAGUGCCUUGAGUGAGGACAUAGAGUGAGUUUCAUAAUGAGAUACAACCCACCCCUUCUGAAUGAGUUGCAAAGCAUCUGGCUAAGCUGGAAAGGAUAAGAAUUUGACCCCCACCCUGUAAAUUGGAACAAAGUUGCCCUCGGAUGCUGAUUUGGCUUUCGGACUCCCUACUGAUUUCCCCUCUGGUGAGGAAGCUGAUCCAUCAUGCGCAGGCGAGGGCAGCUCUGUCCCUUUAUACAUGUCACAUUUAACAGAUACACCGGACAGCACCAAAUCCAAGACUUGGUCAUUCUGUCCUUUUUUCUUUAUAAUCUAUUUGCCAAUUGGUCAGUAAGUUGAGAUGAUGUUAGCCACCACAGAGUCUACUGCACACAGGUUUCCGGCUCAUCACAUGUCCGCUCAUCUCUACUGCUGUUUAAACUCCAAAUCCCUCAGUUUAGCUGCUGCCACCUCUUCUUCUUUUUUUUCUUUCUGAAUUUAAAGUUGCACUGUAGGAAACAGAUGCUGUUUGAAAGGGAAACAUUUGUAAAGAUGGACUGUGCAAUGUAAACAAGAGACAAAGCUUCGGAAUGCCAACUCUAAUAUCGCAUUCAAAAUAAUUGUAUUUAAUUGAUCCUCCACUUCAGUUCAUGUGCCAAGAAUGGAAUGCUUGUUUCUCUAGUAAUGUGAUCAAGAAUGUACUGCAAAUACAUUGGUCGACAUGUUUUGUCAGAUAUCCAGUUUAAUAUCUCUUAAAGGAAGUUUCUGUAAAGCAGGAAGAGAAAGUGGUCACCUGUUUGAAGUAGACUGUGUAGUUAAAAGUAAGGGACUAGAAAAUCCAAUUUCUUUUUGUGAAUGUUACAGUAUUUGCAACUGUCGGGCAAAGUGGCUGUUAAAAGUUUUCUUUAUUCCUGUUUCUGGUAUUAUUGUUAUUUUCCUGCAGGGAGAAAAUCGCUUGAGUCCGAUGUGGUUCCACCAUCAUCUGAAAUGGUCAUUGUUGUGCGUGUGGUUUUCACCUACUGUAUAUGGAGAAGCUUUUUUUUGCUCGAUUGCUGUCAUCGGCUCCUGGGGGAAAAAAAAAUGUUGUGAAAAUUACAGUUUAGCCAGUUGUUUGGUCAACUGAUUGUUGAAAGUAUAGAAAAGUGUUUUGGUUUUGUUUUUUGUUUUCUAUGCCCACAGUCACUGCUCUGUUUCUCCCCAGGUCUGACCUUGGCUGCGCUCUCGCUCUGUGAGGUUUACAAGGAAUAAACAUUUUUUUUCUUGCAAAUUGA